GGGUGAUGAAGGUGUCUCCGGGAGCCUGAAAACACGGUCUCACUCUCACAGCAUCUCCAGCACUCACAGCGCUCCGAGCGCAGCAGGUGCUGUGUGGGGUUCUGGCCCGUUCAGGGCACACGGCGCUGUAACCAGAGCCUGACCUGUGCCCCAUUCACCGAGAAGACAAGAGAGAGAAAACGAAAGAAAGAAAAAGGAAGCGGAACAGGAAGAGGCGGGUCUUUACGCCACCAUGGCUCUGACCGACAAACACAAAGUAAAAAGGCAGCGAUUGGACAGAAUCUGCGAGGGUAUCAGGCCUCAGAUCAUGAAUGGCCCCAUGCACCCCCGUCCAUUGGUGGCACUGUUGGAUGGACGUGAUUGCACUGUAGAGAUGCCCAUCCUCAAAGACCUGGCAACUGUGGCCUUCUGCGAUGCUCAGUCCACACAGGAGAUCCACGAGAAGGUGCUGAACGAAGCAGUCGGCGCCAUGAUGUACCACACCAUCACUCUGACCCGUGAGGACCUGGAGAAGUUCAAAGCUCUACGCAUCAUCAUCCGCAUCGGCAGCGGAUACGACAACAUCGACAUCAAAGCCGCGGGGGAGCUGGGCAUUGCGGUGUGUAACAUCCCAUCAGCGGCGGUGGAGGAGACGGCGGACUCGACCAUGUGCCACAUCCUGAACCUGUACCGGAGAAACACAUGGCUGUACCAGGCUCUCCGCGAGGGCACGCGGGUCCAGAGUGUGGAGCAGAUCAGAGAGGUGGCGUCAGGAGCAGCACGAAUCCGCGGAGAGACCCUCGGCCUCAUCGGCUUCGGGCGUUCGGGGCAGGCAGUAGCGGUCCGGGCGAAGGUGUUUGGCUUCAGCGUGAUAUUUUAUGACCCGUACCUGCAGGAUGGUCUGGAGCGAGCGCUGGGGGUACAGAGAGUGUACACACUGCAGGACCUGCUGUACCAGAGCGACUGUGUGUCCCUGCACUGUAACCUGAACGAACACAACCAUCACCUGAUCAACGACUUCACCAUCAAACAGAUGCGUCAGGGGGCGUUCCUGGUGAACACAGCUCGAGGCGGGCUGGUAGAUGAAAAGGCUCUCGCUCAGGCUCUGAAAGAGGGAAGGAUACGAGGAGCGGCACUCGACGUCCAUGAGAACGAACCGUUCAGUUUUGCACAGGGACCUCUGAAGGAUGCUCCGAAUCUCAUCUGUACGCCACACACAGCGUGGUACAGUGAACAGGCCUCUCUGGAAAUGAGGGAGGCGGCGGCUACGGAGAUCCGCCGAGCUAUCACUGGUCGGAUCCCAGACAGUCUCCGAAACUGUGUGAAUAAGGAAUUUUUUGUCACCACGUCAGCUUGGGGAGUGAUGGAGCAGCAGACUGUACACCCUGAGCUUAACGGCGCUGCCUACAGGUUCCCGCCGGGCAUUGUUGGUGUGGCACCAGGGGGCAUCGCCGCGGCGAUGGAGGGCAUAGUGCCGGGCGGAGUGCCUGUAGCACACUCACUACCAUCAGUCACACACCCGUCACAGGCGCCGUCUCCAAACCAGCCGUCCAAACACGGAGAGAGCAGAGAACAUCUGACUGAGCAAUAGCAACACACACACACACACACACACACACACACACUUGUAGCACAAGCUCUUGGAAACACAAACAUUAAUACAUUAAUACACAUACAAUAACUGUUAGCAUGGCAGCCUGUAUCUAAACAUCUUUCCACUGAAACCACUCGCCUUCUGGGACCAACACACACACACACACACACACACACACACACGUUGCAGCUCUUGGGACAUUAAAACUUUAUACUCUUUCAUUUGAGUUUCUUGUUCACCUUCUUUGUUUUUUUUGGGGGGGAAAACGGAACACAACGAAGCCCCUCCCACCACCAGGUGGCUCAUUGGACGAUGCACUUUUUCGUUUACCAAUGGAAAAGCUCGACAUGGUGCACUUACCGGACCAUCCCUCCCCAAACCCCGCCCACGUUCUUUUGUUCUUGACGUUGUUUUAGGCUCUUAGCAAAAUUUUCUUUUCAGUUCCUUUUUCUUCAGCGUGAGAGGAUAUUCACUCAAAUACAUGGUUAUAAAAUAUAGUUAUAUAUAUUUAUCAAACAAAGAAAAAGGAAAAAAAAAAAAAACGAGCGAAUCCCCACCAGCAGGUGAUCCUCGUUAACCCUUUCCUGGCCACACCCACUCAUGAUUGUUAAGGCGUGUUCCUGCGUUUCGGAUCGGAAGGCAGCUGCUUCCUGAAAUCAUUACUUUGGAUAAAUUUGAAGCGGUUUUUCAUUCGGUUGAACAAAUUCGUCAAAUACUUCACGAACGUUUCGACAAACAUCGUGGAAUAAACUCUUCCUCUGAACGUGUCGCAGCUUGCUUCUCGUGUUCUAGCGAAAAUUCAUUGACGUGUUCGUAUAAUCGGAAUCUCGCUAAAAUGCUGCGACGUCACAGGAAAUGUAUCGUUUCUUUACUAGCUACGGUACCAAGUCCGCCUUUCUAGCUACCCUACCUAUCCUUCGUAUCUGCGUUCAUCAGCAGAACUUCAGCUAGCUCGGGAUCCAUCCUCAGGUUAAAGAACAAGCUAGCAUGCUAAAAAUUCGGGUGUGUGAUGAAACUUAAGGGCUUCACAAAUACGAUGCGAUGCGAUGUAACCGUUCGAAUGUGAAAAAUGAAAAAAAAAAACUUCAGAAGAAUGAGGCUGAAAAGAAAGAGUGUUUCACAGACGCUAAGUGUAACUAUAAAUGGAUAAAAAUGAAGUUUUUUUAAUUAAUAAAAAAAUUAAUUGUUGAGAAAUCGCUUUGUGAUUAUAUAAGAGGAAUAAAAUGUUCCGUGUUACGCGACGAAGGAUUUGUGGAAGCGGAAUUACCACACCACCGUUACCACGAAGUUGAUUAUUUUCCUAUAACAGCAUGUCCCGAAGUGUUUUAUUCCUCUUAUACUACAACACUAAAAUUACGAGUUAAACACCACCACAUUGUACUUUUUAUCCACGUAUAGCUACAUUUAAUGUUUUGUAAACGAGUUAGUUCCUGUUCUCGUUUUCACGAUAAAGAGUCGUUCUUUUCUCUCAGCAUGUCGUCUUACCUUCACUUCACCUCACUUCACCUCACUUCACGCUCCAGUGACGGGAAAGUUUUUUUUUUUUUUUCUUGCAGCGGUUUUUCAAAUCUGUCCAAAAUAAGGAACUUUAGUAAACAGGUGCUUUCUGAAAGAAGCAGAGUUUUAUCUUACAGGUGAAGGUUGAAGGUCGUGACAAUAACUCCGUGUCCUCAGUAACAUCACAGAUCAUGAAUAUUGUGGACGCCAAACGCACAGCCGUGGACGUUCAGGACGUGCUCGCUCCUCUUGCUGGACGAGUCGAGUUGGAUUCUCGUCCUCGCUUCUGUGCAUCGAUGCCAGGACACAUUGCGGAACCACGCUGAAACUUCCAGAACGUUUCAACAAAGACACCUUGAUUCUCGGGAACAUCUUUCUUUUACGAGUCGACGAGAUCUCGGACAAGAUGUACGGACGGUAUUUUCACCAGACGUGAGAACGAACAGGAAAGGGUUAAAGCAUUAACUUCAUUCCAUAAUGACUCAGGAAAACGAAGACACACUCAUUUUUUGCUGAUUUUUUUUGUGUGUGUGUGUGAGGAAAAGAAAAAAGGGAAAAAAAACGAUGAUUGAAGAGUUCACGUGAAUGAUUUGCAGUCGUCUUUUUCCUCUCUCCCUCCUUCCUUUCCUUUCUUGUUGUGGCAUUUUUUUUUAUAAAAAGCAGAAAAACAGAGACAUCCCAUGUUUUUUGGUGUUUAAAAAAAAUUGAGAGUAUGAAAGAAAAAAAAAGUUUUGCAGUCCUGAUAGAUUUGUAUUGCCUAGUUCAGUGUUCCUAUAACCAUAGUCUGAUGUGAUCUGCCCAGUUCUCUCUCUCUCUCUCUCUCGGUUCUGUUGUUUUUUUGCCGAUGAAAGCUGUCCUGUUCAGAGUCACAGCAAUAGAACAACACUAGCAGAAACACAGUUCAGCCAGCACUAUGAUUUUAUUGUUUUUUUUUUUUGUUUUUGAUUUUUUUUUGUUUUUAGCGUGAGUAUUUGUAUUUGUUUCUUGUACAAGGUGAACAUUUAGCGGUUGGUGCA